UGAACAAUAUUGUUGUACACAAUGAUUUGCACACGCUAAUAUAUAUCUAGUUACGAUUUCUUCAAUUUUCAUACUCCACGUAGCCACACCAAUUCCGUCCGAAUAUACUUGUGCGCGUGGUCUCGUCCAAAAAGUCUCAGAUGGCGUUAAUGGUUAAACGAUCAGCUGUUCUGCAUCGUGUAUAAAUUCUCGUCUCGUAGAAUACGGACAGCGCGGAUUCGCAAUAGUAUUCAUUCAGCAUUUCGGCACGCUGCAAGUCCUAAGAACGAAGUGCCGGCGUACAGUGGUGUAUGUACAGUGGUUCGAAACUUUGACGAAUUAAACAUUAAUAAUUUUUAUAAAUAAACUACGAAUUGUUUGUGACAGAUAUAUGAUAUAAUAAUAAAGGAAAACGAACUUGAAACUGCAAAAAUAUGCCUCAGGGAAGAAGAAAAGUUCCGUUCAGCGGAAAAGCGAAAAAGCAACAAAUGCAGGCUAAAAAACAACGGCAGCGAACUUUGCUUGUAAACUCAGAUGAUGAUGAAAGCAGUGAAAACAAUAUUGAUAAGAGACAAGUGAUGAAGAUAAAUGAACAACCAAGAGAUAGUAAAUCUUCUAGGAAUAAAUACGCAUUACAGUUCUUUCAAGAGUCCAAGGAAAAAUUGCGAAAACGCAAGGAACGAGCCUUUAAAAGUAUCGAAUCCGCAAGUCUCAAAGAUCAAGAAAUUUCUGAUAAUUACUUUCCGCCUGGGAUUGACAUGCCAAAACGACCUCCAUGGGAUUUUAAUAUGACAAAAGAACAAUUGGAGAUGAGAGAACAAAGAUAUUUUAAAGAUUACUUAGACAGUAUGGAGGAAUUAGAUAGUUCGAGUUACUUUGAAUUGAAUUUAGAAACUUGGCGACAACUAUGGAGGGUUCUAGAAAUGUCAGAUAUUUUAUUAAUUAUUGUCGAUAUUAGAUACCCUGUUUUAAUGUUUCCUCCGUAUUUAUAUGACUAUGUGACGAAGAAAUUGAAGAAAGAUAUGAUUUUGAUAUUAAACAAAGUUGAUCUAGCACCUCCAGCGUUAGUGGUGGCUUGGAAAGAAUAUUUUCAUAAUCAGUAUCCAAAAUUACUCAUUUUGAUGUUCACAUCGUAUCCCUCUUACAAUCUUCAUAGUAGUACAAAUAACAAGGAGGAGAGUAUAAAGAAAAGACGUCGCAAGGGAAAAUUGAGAAUGGCCGCGGAAGGAGCACAGAAGUUGCUGGAGGCUUGUAAAGAUAUUGUUGGGGAUCAAGUCGAUCUAAGUUCUUGGUAUGAGAAGAUUCAAGAGGAAAUGCAUUCUGAAUACGAUUUAGAUGACAUAAAUCACAAGGAUAAUGUAAUAGUUGAGAAGGAGGAUACCACUUAUUUUGAACACGAAAAAUACAAAAAUGGAGUUCUGACUAUUGGGUGUAUUGGAACGCCAAAUGUUGGAAAGUCCUCUUUGAUGAAUGCAUUGAUGGGCAAGAAAGUCGUGAGCGUAUCUCGUACUCCUGGUCAUACUAAGCAUUUUCAGACUAUUUAUCUUACAAAGACUGUGUGUUUAUGCGAUUGUCCCGGUUUGGUCUUUCCUUCGACCGUGCCCAAAGAAUUACAAAUACUAAUGGGUUCAUUCCCGAUUGCUCAAGUCAGAGAACCGUAUACUGUUGUACAAUUUCUAGCCGAAAGAGUGAAUCUACCGAAAUUAUUAAAAAUUCCACAUCCGGAGAAUGAUGACACGUGGUCCGCCAUGGACAUCUGCGAUGGUUGGGCUAUUAAAAAAGAUUUCAAGACGGCACGAGCAGCUAGAUUGGAUACAUAUAGAGCAGCAAAUUCAUUGUUACGAAUGACAUUAGAAGGAAAAAUUUGUUUGUAUAUAUAUCCACCGAAUUGGACCAUUGAUAAAAAAAAAUGGGAAAAUCACGCAGAUGUUGAGACAGUACGAUGGAUUCAAGCUAGGAAUAAAGGUGAUAAUUUCAGUACACCAACCGAAGAUAUGUCUUCUGAAGAUGAAGAAAGUGAUGACGAAAGACUGACGGAAUCUUCUAUAAGUGUAGCGAAUGAUAAAUCUACGGAAUCGUCAAAUGAGGAAAAUGACGUACCGCUUGUAGCUAAUAAAUUUUCAUUGUUAUCUAAUGAUUUUCCUGUGUUUUCGCCCGCGAAACACAAUCGUCACUAUGGAUACGAUUGCAACUCACGCUGCAAAUGCUUCGAAAUAUUUUUUGAUUGGUCAAUUCGUAAAAUUCUUUCUGAUUGCUCAACGAAGCAUUUGCAGCGUUAA